AUGAAAACUUGGUUUCUCGCAGUAAUUUUAUCAGCGGUGCUCCACAGAUCGGAUGGGUACAAUUACCUGGUCUGGUCGCCUCUUUUCGCCCGAAGUCACAAUAACUUUCUCUCCACGAUUGCCGAAAUUGUGGCUCAAGCUGGACAUAAUGUCGUGAGUAUCUGUUAUAGUCAAUCCUCCCCGAUUUGAUCUCGAGUUUCCCGCACGGAAGCCGCUUCUUUUACGCAACGCUUUAGCCUUGCUAAUCUAUUCCUCUGUCCUGUCAAGUCGGGAAAAAUGGACUAUAUCUGAGUAGAAAAGUGAUACGAAAAAUAAUUCUGUGAAACUUUGUUUGGAUUUUUUUCUUGAGCGCUUUCAAGCUUGUAAGUCGUAGAAGCUCAGUGAAAACGUAUAAAAAGCAGAAUAAUAUACAACAUUAGGUAUUAUUUUCAUGAAAAGGCACAAAAAAAUGUUCCACCUCGAAAAAUAAGACUCACUUCAUCACAACUUUAUUUUUCUAUACCUCAAUGAUCAUUGCUUGAACUUAUUCUUUUCUUUUUUUUUUUCUGUAAUUCCUCUCGGUUAACGAUUGUUUUCCGAAAUCUAUUGCAAGAAGUUGUUCCUCGUUCUAAGAUCAGGAAGUCCUGAAGUGUAGGUCAGCCAAGCUUCAUCUAAAGUUUAGCCGGGCGCUCAAAAACAUCCCCUUGUUAGAAACAGAACAAGAUAGUUUAAAGUUUGCGGCGAAAAAAGAUAAUAGGUUGAUAGUUCAAAAAUAGAAGAUGGUCAUUCAAAAAUUGAUCAAAGAGAGCUGCAGACUUUUCUGGCCCCGAUUAUCGAUGAAUCGAUGCGAGAUGACCCGGAAAAGCUGCUCCAGUACACAAGAGACGUCCUCAAGCCAGAAGUGGCGUCAUCUUUUCCAUUCAAACAACUUUCGAGAUUUCUUAGGCGAGUCAGCAAGUGUCCAGAAUGAACGAAGCUCUGCUCCAGGGCGACUAUACCAGUUUAUGGGUCGAAAAAUCCGAUGUUUUCACUUUUGCCAAGGUGCUUUUUCAGAAAAUCGACGCUUGACAGAUUUUUUUCAGAUGUGCGCCGCUCAUCUCACGAUUUUCGCCCACUCUUGCGAAUGUGAGGCUUUUUCUCAUCAGAAAAAGUUGAGUAAAAUCAAUUUUUAGCUGUCGUAGUGGAUAAAAAACUGAUGGAAACUUUGAAGAAGAAGAAUUUCGACGUGAUUCUGACGGAAGCGAUUUCUGAAUGCCCCUUUGGUUUGGCUGACGAAUUCAUUGAAUUCAAAACAUUUUUUCAGCGGUUCGGGACAUUUUGAAGAUUCCGACGCUUGUCCUGACGGAUUCUUUCCCGGAGUACGACACGGUCGCCAAUCUCAUCGGCGAGCCUAUUCUACCCAGCUACGUGCCAGGUAAGUCUGAAAUCAGGUGAAAAUUGACUUCAAUUUGUGGCCUAGAUAUAAUUUCCAAUGAUAAAGUAGAAUUUUGCCACGCAUGUACAAAGACGUCAGCGACAAAGAUUUUAACGCAGAUUUAAAAAAAAAGGAUUUUGAAAAGAGUCAUCGAAAGACUUUCCGAACACUCAAAUUUAAACUUGUUUUUUCUAAUUAAACACUUUUUGGUAGUAUAAAAAAAGUUCCAUGAACGUAAUUUUUUUAAAGUUCAAAUUCGGAAGAACUGUCAAAAAAAGUUUGUCUUUUUUUACCGUGGUUUUUAUUUCAAAUUCCUCCCAGUCUUUCAGAAUUUUUUUUCAAAUUAUUUCCCAGAAUUGAAAAAUAAUAAAACAUUUCAGGAUUCUUUUCGACUCAACGCGACAAGAUGAACGUCCUUCAGAGAGGAAUAAACGCCUUGGAGACGUGGUUCGGCGAACAGAUGGUACAGGAUCCGAACGUUCCGAAAAUGGUCAAGGAAAAGCUCAACAUCGAAGUUCGCCUUUCUCGGGUUGGUUGGCAAAGUUCGAAAUGUCAGAAGGACUCUUUUUUGAUGACUUAAGGAAGCCGUGAAUCAACUAUAGCACCAAGAAGCCUUUUUUCACCUUCUAAGAACAUUCUUAGGGAUCCUCUGAGCACCUCUUCGACUUUUCAUAUGGAUGAACUUUUCUAGACAGUAUUGUUCUCUUCAGGAAGUGAUUCCUGAAGCGGCGUUCGUCCUAUCCAACUCCAACCCCUUCCUCAACUUUCCUCGGCCGACCCUCCACAAGACGGUUCAAAUCGGCGGCGCCACCAUCAAUUUGACUGAACUUCGAUCUGAAAAGCUCAGCAAGGUUAUAUUUUCGCUCAUUCAACGAAAAACAGCUGGGAAGCGCAUUACAGGCAACUUGAAAUGAAGCUUGAUUUCGGGAUUUCAAAUACCUUUUUUAUGUCCCAAAAAUUAUGGUAAUUUUUUUUUUGAGUUUAGAGGAUCCUACUUUUAAAGACGUGAAUCGCAUUUUUCUAAAAAAAAAAAUUGAAAAAAAACUAUACAAAAAAAGAAGAAUACAUGGUAGACGGUGCGCGGGGAACGUUUGAGAAAAGUUUGAGAAAAUUUAGUAUUUCAGUAAAAUAUCUUCACGCUCUACACAAAAGAUGCAAAGCGAAAGGUCUUAGGCCUAUCCUUUAGACGCAUUUUUCUUCAUAACUAAAAAGUUUCGUGAAAUAGUAGAUUUUAAGAAUCAGAACAAUAGUUUUAUCAUGAAAGGAAAAGCGAUUUUACUGUUUUUUUAUAAAAUUUGGAACGAUCUUCACUUGCCUUAAAGGAGGCAUGAUUAUCAAAUUCAGGAAUGGGAAGAAGUUGUAAGCAGAAGAUCGAAAAACGUCCUCGUUUCUUUCGGAACCAUGGUUUUCUCCUCGGCGAUGCCGAACGACAUGAGGUAUUUUUUAGGGAAAAAUAGAAGUUUCGGGUUUUGAAUAACCUGAUUAAAGUUCUCGCAUUCUGACUGCUUGAAAGCCUCGAUAAGAAAGGUCUUUAGAACUUGGAAUUUUGAAAAUCAGUAUCUUGUAGAGUUUUUGAUUGAAAAUCGAACGGUCUCCUCAAAAAAGCGCAGACAUUAGUACUUUCGAAGAAAAACGCUGUUUUUUUCCCGCCUUUUAAUUUUGAAAAAAAGAUUCAGAUCGGUGUCCAAAAAACUGAUUACAGUAGACGUUAACGCGAUGUUGCGGACGUGUCUUUCGAAGACUCCUGAGGGCAAGAGAAAAAUGACCUUACUUUUAAACUUAUAUUAAGCAGCUCAUAAACUUCACAGAUUUCUAUUCACAAGCUGGUUGCAGGACGACUAUUCUGAACGUUUUCUCCUCGAUGCCGAAUGUGACGUUCAUCUGGAAGUAUGAAGACGACGACGUCGCCUGGGCGGAGAAAACGUCGAACGUUCACUUCUCCAAGUGGGUGCCGCAGAAGGCGUUGCUCGCCAGUCGGAAGCUCAGCGCUUUCGUGACCCACGCCGGCCUCGGCAGCACGAAUGAGCUUGCCUACCUGGGCGUUCCCGCUGUCACGGUGAGACUUUUUUUGGUCCUAGAUGUAUAAGGACAGGAAAAGUUGAAUGUGAUUCGAAAGGUCAUUCUGUAGAACUCUCCUCAUUGUGCGUCUAACUUUAAACUGUACAAUCCUGUUGUUUUAAAAUUCGAAGUGAAAUUUUAAAAAAGUUUCAAUUCAUGGGAAAAAUUCUGCAGCACAGUUGCUCUAUGGAGAAAAAUGAUUUUUUUUCUCCCGGUUCAAAUUUUUCUCAUAAAGCUCUCCGUCAUGGAAGCUUCUGACUAGGAUUGAUUUUUGAAUCAUUUCUCAUGUUGCCUUUUUUGCAAUAUUGGGUUACGGUACGUAAAUUUCUGUACACCGAUCCGUCGCUGUCUUGAUGCGAAUAAAAAAAUUCAGCCGAAGAAGAUAAAUUUUGUACAAUUCAAGUAUAAAUUCAAUAAUUACACGAAAAAAACUUAAAAUAUGGAAUACAGUCUAAAAAAAUUUUUCGUUGUUAGUUAGCCUCUUAUAAUAAGUCUUUUACACUGGAAGUUUGGGAAAACGUAACAUUUCAAGGUCCCAAUAUUCGCCGACCAGUUCCGAAACGCCUACAUGUUGGAACGACAUGGCGGAUCAAUCGUUCUGGAAAAAUCGGACCUAUUUGACGAGGAUCUCGUGAAAAAAGCCAUCCACGACGUCGUCUACGACCAAAGGUGAAUUUUUCAGAGAAAAUAGUGGAAAUUUGGUUUGAAGUUACACGGAAAACGCGAAAAAGCUGGCUGAAGUCCUGGAGCGACAGCCCAUUCCGCCCAAGGAACUCGCCCUUCGUUACCUGGAAUUCGCAGCCAGGUGAGAUGAUGUCGAGAUUGUAUCUCAAGAGAAAGAUUCUCGAAAUUUGAACAAAUUCUGAAGUUGACUUCAGAUUCGGGGAGCUGAAAAGCCAGGACCCCCACGGACGUCAUCUCAACUUCUUCGAAUAUCAUCUCAUCGAUCUCUUCUUCUAUUCGUUAUUCGGAUCAGUUUUUGUAGCCUAUCUUGUCUACAAAUGCGCCAUCUUUUUGAGGAACUUGAUCAAAAAGAAACCGAAAAUACAAAAAUUCGAUUGA